CUUUUUCUGUUCGCAUUGCUCCCAUUCGCUUCCAUCCGUUCCUCGACAACAGAUCCCCCUCCGAGUCCACCCUAAUCAUCACAUCUUCUUAACCGAAGACCUCAUACCCUAUUACCAAGUCCGUGGUCCGAUGCGAGGUGGACGUCAUCUUGCGAUGCCCCAAAUAAGCUGUCCUUCAUCCACGUCAACUCUCUAGUAACCGACUUUCAAAACAACUCCCAGGAGAGGGAGGCAGCGACAAGGUUGCGGCAAUGCAUAUCAUCAAACCCGUCUGGCUUACACAUGGAGGUGAGAGGAAAGAUUUCGAGGUGUACAGUUGCGAUGUGUCGCCCGAUGGAAGCCGCCUAGUGACUGCAGCAGGAGAUGGAUACGUUCGAAUAUGGUCUACAGAAGCUAUUUGCGGCACCGAGGACCCUACUACCGUCAACAAACCAAAGCAGCUGGCUUCGAUGAGCAACCACUCCGGAACGAUUCACACGGUCCGCUUUUCGCCCAAUGGAAAAUAUCUUGCGUCAGGUGCAGAUGACAAAAUUGUCUGCAUUUAUACGCUUGAUGCCAACCCCCCUUCUCAUGCUUCAACAUUUGGAUCGAACGAGACGCCCCCCGUGGAAAACUGGCGCACAAUCCGCAGAUUGAUCGGACAUGACAACGAUGUUCAAGAUUUGGGCUGGUCAUACGAUUCUUCGAUCUUGGUUUCUGUGGGCUUGGAUUCGAAGGUGGUCGUGUGGUCGGGACAUACGUUUGAGAAACUCAAGACGCUAUCCAUUCACCAGAGUCAUGUCAAGGGUAUCACUUUCGACCCAGCCAACAAGUACUUUGCGACAGCAAGUGAUGACCGUACUGUCCGCAUUUUUCGUUUCACAUCCCCAGCGCCGAAUUCCACCGCACACGAUCAGAUGAACAACUUCGUCCUUGAACAGACCAUUACUGCGCCUUUCUAUAAUUCCCCCCUAACCGCCUAUUUUCGCCGAUGCUCAUGGUCUCCUGAUGGUAUGCAUAUUGCAGCUGCAAACGCGGUCAACGGACCGGUGAGCUCUGUAGCAAUCAUCAACCGUGGAUCAUGGGACGGAGAUAUCAAUCUAAUCGGACAUGAGGCUCCUGUCGAAGUUUGCGCUUUCUCUCCUCGACUUUACUCUCCACAGCCGAUCAAGAAACAACCUGUAGACGGCCAGGGCCAUGCCGUUCAAAACGCGGUCACCGUCAUCGCAUGCGCGGGAGGAGAUAAAUCCCUCAGCAUCUGGAUCACUAGCAACCCACGGCCCAUCGUGGUUGCGCAAGGGCUCGCUGCGAAGUCCAUUUCUGAUCUGGCGUGGAGUCCAGACGGAAAGUGUCUGUACGCAACUGCGUUAGACGGCACCAUCCUCGCGGUUCGAUUCGAGGAAGGUGAUUUAGGUUACGCCAUGCCUUUGGAGGAAAAUGAAAAAUCUCUCACUAAAUUUGGUACAAAUCGAAAAGGUGCUGGUAUUGCGGAGACCACUGAUGGGCUACUUCUGGAAGAAAAGAGCAAGGCAGGUGAACUGAAAGGCGUUGAAGGGCGUAUGGGUGCUUUAAUGGGAGAUGGCCACCCGGCUGGAGACACCGUUGUUAACGGAAAACCAACGCCGCUGCCCUCAAACGCUGCAACUCCAGCAGCAGCUCCAUCCCCUAAUCAUGAUACCCAGAAACCUCAACCUAACGGCACUACCGCCACUACUACUGUCAACACCACCACCACAACAACAACACAAGAAGCAGACAAACCUGACCCCUACCAGGCUAAACUCGAGAGAUUGAAGCAACGACCUACAUAUACCAAGGAUGGUAAAAAGCGUAUUGCUCCCCUUCUGGUGUCUGGUGCGGGCGCUGCCGAGUCAUCUCUACCACAAUCCCGGUUGAUGGCAUCUGUUAGCAGCCAGGUAAAAGCCGAUGCACCACAAUCAAUUAUUGAUCUCUCUAAGCCUUUCGAUGGCCUUCCCAAGGGAGGCCUUACCUCCUUGCUUUUUGGCAAUAAACGAAAGCUUGCGCAGUUAGAAGGUGAUGAUGAUGGGCAUGUCGAGAAGAGGGUGGCAGUAGCAAGUCAAAACGGUGCUACCCCUAUCUUGGCGAACACGCCAGAUGGUCUCCUCCCUGCACAAACCCAACCCGCUCCAACGGGGCAACAAGCGACCCCCGAAUUUAUCCGACCUGCAGUUACGAAUCCUUGCAUGGCAGUCAGUCAGCUGCGACUAGCUGUUCCGAAGGUCCGCAGCCAGAUUUUGCGUGCUAUCGAUCCGGCAGGGAAACCAACAGAGCCUCCCGGCACCUCGGGAGAAUCAAACAAAUCACGCGUGGAUGUUGUCUUCGAGGCUCGUAAUCCAUCGGCUGCUAGCUUGACCGGGCGAGCGGUUGACCGUGAGCCUGUUCGCCUUACACUUUUCCGUGGUGAGCAGCCCUUGUGGCAAGAUUUCCUACCAAGAACCGUUCUACUGGUGACGGGGAACCAGAGCAUGUGGGCCGCUGCCUGUGAAGAGGGGUCGGUGUACAUUUGGACACCGGCUGGGCGACGUCUUGUUAGUGCACUUGUCCUAGAAGCCCAACCGGUGAUUCUAGAAUGUAAUGGGCCCUGGAUUCUGUGUAUCUCCGCAGUGGGCAUGUGUUAUGUGUGGAAUGUCGAACAUCUUUCAUCACCGCAUCCUCCAGUCUCACUUCAACCGGUUCUAGACGCCGCAAUUCACACCCUUGGAGCACAUCCAACCGCCGCCCCCUCCAUAACAAAUGCCAGGAUAAACUCUGAAGGCCGGGUUAUAGUUGCGUUAUCAAAUGGAGAAGGGUACGCUUACUCUCCAUCCAUGUACACAUGGCAGAGAAUAUCGGAGGCCUGGUGGGCUGUCGGCAGUCAGUACUGGAAUACUACAGAAGCUCCGGUAGGAAAUUUGCAGUCUGCCGACUCCCAACAAGACAAAGAGGCCAAGGCAGCCGUAUCGGCCGGUAUAAUUCCAUUCCUAGAACGCAACACAACCAGUGAAACUCUACUACGUGGUCGUGCCUACUUCUUACAGCGAUUGAUCAAGGUCCUUCUGUCAAGAGAAGGAUACGAGAGCUUCGAAUCCAGUGUGUCAAUUGCCCACCUGGAGAACCGCCUUGCAGCUGCCCUCUCCCUCGGAGCCAAGGACGAGUUCCGCUUGUACCUUUCCAUGUACGCGAAACGGAUCGGAGCUGAAGGCUUGAAGAUUAAGGUGGAGGAGCUACUGAAGAGUCUUAUUGGUGGACUAUUUGAAGAAGACGAUACGGAUGCAACCCGACGCUUGCAGCGCAACGAUCACGAGGACCGAAAUUGGCGAGAUAGUUCGGAGGCGCUCUGUGGCUGGCCACGCGAGGUGCUACUGAAGGAAGUGAUACUGGCCCUUGGAAAACAUCGCGACCUCCAACGCGUCACUGUGCCCUAUGCAAAGUUACUAGGAGUAGUCGAUAACGAGUCCGAGGCAGGAGACGCAAUGGAAACGUAACCAUACUUAUACUUCAUCUUCUAACGUGUUUUUUUCUUUCUUUCUUCUUUUUUCAUCUUUCAUUCUUCUUGUCUUUCUCGAGGCGUUCACGGAGUAAAGCUCAUGGAUGGGCUGCGGGAGGUAGGAUAGUGCUCAUUUCAGUCUUUUUUUUUUUUUUUUUU